UUUGCGGGGCAGCCUGCCAGUCCAGUCACUGCGAGCCCUCGCGUGCGCGCAGGGCCCUGCGUGGGGAGCGGGGGAUGGGGCAGCCUGCUGCCUCCGUGCUGUCUCUGGUGCCCGCUCCUUGUCUGAGUGUGGUGGAGGGCCACAGCCUCGCCUGCUGCUUCUCAAAAUCUGGGGUGUACAGAGGCGACCGCUCCUAGCUGUGGCCUGCAUCCAUCGGCUCUCUCUUCCUCCCUGCUUGUCCCUGCCGCCCAUCGCGCUGCAGCAGCUGCCCACAGCCCGCACUGUCCACGACUCCGGUCACGGUUGCCAGCCCCUCUGCCAGCUAUGGGGGAUCUACCGGGGAUCGUGCGCCUUUCCAUCGCGCUGCGCAUCCAACCCAAUGAUGGCCCUGUUUUCUUCAAGGUGGACGGGCAGCGCUUUGGGCAGAACCGUACAAUCAAGCUGCUCACCGGUUCCUCCUACAAGGUGGAGGUGAAGAUUAAGCCCACAACACUGCAGGUCGAGAACAUUUCCAUUGGUGGUGUGCUUGUCCCACUGGAGCUGAAGUGUAAAGAGCCUGAUGGGGAAAGAGUUGUCUACACCGGCAUAUACGAUACAGAAGGGGUAGCCCCAACCAAAAGUGGAGAGCGACAACCCAUCCAGAUCACCAUGCCGUUCACAGACAUUGGGACCUUCGAGACGGUGUGGCAAGUCAAGUUCUACAAUUACCACAAGCGAGACCACUGCCAGUGGGGAAGCCCGUUCUCCGUCAUUGAGUAUGAAUGCAAGCCCAAUGAGACGCGCAGCCUCAUGUGGGUGAAUAAGGAGUCCUUCCUCUGAAAAUGGCUCCUCCUGACAGUUGCUAGACAAUCUCCGGAAAUCGAUGCUUAGACAAACCAGCACAAGCCUUAACCAAGGCACACCAUACCAUGGCUGUUUCCCAACGACCUCCUAUCCCCAAUUACUGUGAAAGUGUGAUUCCCUCCUGAGGCAGUACCUGUGACAUCGCGUGGGAUGUCACGUCCCUGAAAGUUCUCCUUCCACUAUUGUAUACUGGUGUUCCCGCAUCUCUCUUGUCUGCCAGUGUGAAUGGAGCUCAGUGAUAGUAUCAGGUUUGUCCUAUACCAGAAAGUUCCACAGAAGGACCAUAGUGUUUUGUUUCCGGGACAAGAAAUUUCUCCCUUUUGUGUUCAUUGUCAAAUUAAGAUAACAGUGUGCUGGAGUCCCCCAUGUGUGAUUUGUAACAUGUAGCAUGCAAUGUUUGUGAGCACCCAAAGAAGAAGUAAUAACAUAAACAGCGGUAAACGGGACCCAAAUAUUGUGCUUCCCAUCAGCAGCUGUCAGCUUCUUCAGAGGAAGAAAGAUGAUGAAGAAAUAAAAAGAUGAGUAUAUAAAUAAGAGUUUAUAAUGUAUCAAUGGUCUUUCAGGUAGCGGGGCAUUUUGCUGUGAUCUAGUAGAAACAGGGGAAAGACACUGUUGUAGAAUCGGAGCUGUGGCUCGCCCCUUUGACAAACUCCCAUAGACUUUAAACCAACAUAGAGAUGGCGCCCCUGCACACCCUUUCACUUGAACUUUGUACAACUGUGUAUGGAAUGGGUAAUCAACUUUUGAUAUUUCUUAAUAAAGACAUUGAAAAGCAUGG